UAGUUACAACCAUGAUAUCAUGGUCACAAGCACAACUUACAAGUCAAUAGUCUUUACUCUAUACUUAUAGUCCAUAUAAUCUAUGCAGACAUGCAGUAUGCUUGAAAAUUGAAAAACAGUAAAGUAAAAUAAAAUCUUAAACUAAAAAAAAUAUAACUUUACAGUUUAUCUUUGAUCGUGCUUUUCAGUAAUCUGUAUUUACUAUUCACUUUAUUUGACUAUUGUAUAUACACCAUUUUGAAAUUUGUUCAAAUUAAUAAUUGUUUUAUUUAGUAAUUUAUUCCUGUAGUCUGUAAAUAAUUUAAUUACAUUUGUGUUACUCUUGAUCUUGUAUAUCCAAACACUACUUAAAAAAUUAUUUUAAAAUGGACGACAUGGAAUUAAAUCUAAAUCAGAAUAAUACCAUUCCACCAAACGUGACUUCCAAAAUUUCCGAUUUUAUAACUGCGGAACAAGGCACUUCUUUGGAAUCUCCGAUUAGUUCUAAUGAUAUUAAAUUAGAUAGUGAACAAAAUAAUGAAGAUUUUCCUUCUCAACCAGUGACUGAAGGAAGUGAACCAAAGGAACAAACUUAUCAAGAUAUUUUAGGUUCUGGGGAUUUAUUGAAAAAAAUCAUUAAAGAAGGAGCUCUUGAUGAACGACCAAUGAAAGGUGAACAAAUUGUGAUAAAUUUAGUUGGUCGUCUAGAAGAUAACGAUGAUAUAUUUGAAAAGGAAGAAAAUUUUGAAAUCACUCUUGGUGAUUGUGAGGUUAUUCAAGGUGUUGAUUUAGCUUUAAGCUUAAUGAAUGUAGGUGAAAUAGCUGAGUUGAAAAUAGCAUCACGAUUUGGUUAUGGUGAAAAGGGAUUGAAUCCAAAGGUUCUGGGUGGAGCUAGAUUAGUUUAUACUGUAGAACUAGUAACUGUAAAACCAGAAAUACUUCCAGAUGACCUUACUCCAAUUGAAAGGCUUAAUAUUGGGCUCAAAAAAAAAGAUAAAGGAAACUGGUGGUAUGCACGUAAUGAAAACACUAUGGCUUUACAUGUGUAUCGCAAAGCUCUUCAAUAUUUUGGCGGACCAGGAGAUAUAAUUGGUUCAGAUUCAGAACAUAAAGAUAUUCUAAGUGAACGCGUUAAGACAUUAAACAACAUGGCAGCUGUGCACAUGUCUAUGAAUAGUUUAGAUUUAGCUUUAAGUACAUUGGACAGUGUACUCAAUGUUGAACCUCAUAAUGAAAAAGCAAUUAUGCGUAAGGGUAAAGUACUAGCUUUAAAAGGACAAAAUAUAGCAGCCGCUCGUGAGCUUGAAAAAGCAUUGCAAAUAAAUCCAAAUAAUAAAACUGUCCAAAGCAUUUUAAGCAAUGUUAAAGCAGCAUUAAUCAAAGAGCGAGUGCAAGAAAGAGAAUUGUAUAAAAAGAUGUUGGGACAAAAAGAUGUUAAUGAAAAAUCAGCAAAAGACGACAAAAAUACGAACACAACAUUUAUAAUCAGUGGGCUUGUUGCCGGAUUAGCAGUAAUUUGUGGAUACUGUUACCUUAACAACAACUUUCCUUUCAGCAAAUUUAGUUUUCAAUAGCAAUCAUAGUUUUUUUUUUAUGUUUUUUAAAGUAUAUUCAUUAUUUCUUUUACAUUCAACAAUUAAAACAUUCUAUACAGUUCAUUGUGAUUCUAUUUGACUGCAAAUAUCUUCAAACUUAAUUCAAAACUACAUUUAAAAAAAAAAAUUAGUUGCCAGUUAUGAAAUAUGUUAUGAAUUGUAUGUUUUUAUGCAUUUUUAUUUUUGUUUUUCUUGUGUUUAUACAUAUUAAUUUACUAUAUUAUUUUGGUACUUUUUUGGUAUGGUUGUUUUUGUAUAUAUUUAUUAAAUAGGUCAUUAAAAUAUGAUUUACUCAUUACUGUAUUGUAUAAUUUAUUGAAAAAAUAAAUAUUUAUACCUGUACAGGGUAGAAAAAAAAGA